AUGUCGGGUCUCGAAUCGUGGGAGGACGACCCAGCGGCACAAGAUGACAACCUCUCCAGGCAAACGCAGCAAAACCUGAAUAUCAACGGCCAGGCCGGCCGACCCACCGGCUUCACUCCAAAUGCGAACACUUUCCAGCCAGGUGCUCAAUCUUUUCAGCCUGGUCAACAAUAUCAACAAUACGGAGGCUAUGGUCAACAACAGCAGUAUGGGCAAAUUUACAAUCAACAGCAACAAUACGGCGGAGCAUACCCGCAAUACGGGCAACAAAGUUACAAUCAGUAUAGCCCGGGCUACGGUCAGCAAUCAAGCUUCAACCAGGGCUAUGGUGGACAGCAGCAACAGCAACAAACUCCUCAGCAACAAAGAGUACCUAUAAUAGCAAAGAGGCCAUCAGCGGCAGAUUCGGCAUCCUCGCCUGCAGCCCCUCCACCAACACCCGCUCAAUCCUCAGGACCACCCGUGGUCAAGACACUCUCAAUUGGCGGGGAAACCCCGGGUGCUACAGCGACAAAGCCAAAGGUUCUGUCCAUCGGUGUCCCAACACCCGCUCCCUCAGCAGCCAAGGAUGCUUCGGCCGAAGAUGGAGCAAAGGUCGCAGCGGCCAAGGCAAUUGAAAAGACCGAGAAGUCGGCAGCAGGCACCAGUGGAACAACUUCACCUUCUCCAUCCUCAGGGCGAUCCAGUCCCACAGCUGCGGAAGCUCGAGAAGCGAAGAGGGAGGCAGAUGCAGUGGCGAAAGAGCAAGCUGCAGAGGUAGAGGAGGAGAUCUUGGAAGAUGUGUACGGAAAAGAGCAUGUGAAUUUGAUUUUCAUCGGGCAUGUUGAUGCAGGAAAGUCAACACUGGGAGGCAGUAUUUUGUACGCAACGGGCAUGGUAGACGAAAGGACAAUGGACAAAUACAAGCGAGAAGCCAAGGAAGCUGGUCGAGAGACAUGGUAUCUAUCAUGGGCAUUAGAUCUAACGAAAGAGGAGCGGUCGAAAGGAAAGACCGUUGAAGUGGGUAGAGGCUUCUUUGAAACCGAGAAACGACGAUACACCAUCCUCGACGCGCCAGGACACAAGACAUUCGUUCCUAAUAUGAUCGCAGGAGCAUCACAAGCCGACGUUGGCAUUCUCGUCAUCUCAGCAAGGAAAGGAGAGUACGAAACGGGUUUCGAGAAAGGAGGCCAGACACGAGAACACGCCAUCCUGGCCAAAACCCAAGGCGUCAACAAAUUAAUCGUUGUGGUCAACAAGAUGGAUGACCCAACCGUCGAGUGGAGCCAUGAACGUUAUAAGGAAUGCACGGAGAAGCUCCUGAAUUUCCUCAGCCGCCAAGUCGGCUACGGCAAAAAAGAUGUCACCUUCAUGCCAAUCUCGGCCCAAACUACGGUUGGAAUCAAAGACCGAUUACCUAAAGAUCUUGCACCAUGGUAUGAUGGUCCAUCGCUCCUGGAAUGUCUCGAUAACUUCAAGACACUCGAACGAAAAGUGAAGGCGCCCUUCAUGAUGCCUAUUAACGCCAAAUACAAAGACAUGGGCACUCUUAUUGAAGGCAAAAUCGAAGCUGGUCAGAUUAAAAAGGGUAAUAGUUAUCUGAUGAUGCCCAAUCGUGAUGACAUCACCAUCUCUGCACUAUACGGUGAGACAGAAGAUGAGAUUCCAAGCGCUACUUGUGGUGACCAAGUACGGAUACGUAUUAGGGGCGUUGAGGAAGAAGACAUUUUACCCGGCUUCGUGCUUUGCGCGCCACAACGACCUGUCCACUGCGUUUCGGCCUUUGAGGCGCAGAUCGCUUUGCUUGACUUAAAGAGCAUUUUAAGCGCCGGUUUCAACUGCGUAUUGCACGUGCAUUCCGCCAUCGAGGAGGUUACAUUUGCAGCGCUUCUGCACAAGCUUGAGAAGGGCACAGGUAGAAAAAGCAAGAAACCGCCGGCGUUCGGAAAGCAGGGCAUGAGUAUCAUUGCUAGGUUAGAGAUCAUUGGUGGUGCCGGAAGGGUGUGUGUGGAAAAGUAUGAAGAUUACGCACAGAUGGGAAGAUUCACACUAAGAGACCAAGGACAGACGAUUGCAAUUGGAAAGAUCACAAAGCUCAUCACAGAUCCUGCAGCAGUUUAA